GGCAGAGGCAGGUUGUUUGCGUUCCUUCUCAGCCAGGAAGUCCUGUGGAUGAGUCAAGGUUGAUUGGAGAGCCUGGGGCAUAGCUGUCCCGCCCCGCCUUGACUUACCUGUCCCCCAGAUCCCUUCGUGCCCUCAUGGAAGGGUCAACCCUGGUGGAGGGAGCCCUGGGUGUCCGGGGAAGCCUCACAGUGAGGAUGUCUGGAGAACCGGCAGCCUGCUGGGAUUGGCAUUUUGUCUGAGCCCUGCCAGGCUCAGCACCUGAGUGUUUGCUGCUUCCUGCAGGGAAGGGGCUGGGACUCCCCCAUCCCAAGAUGUCUUUGCUUGCCCCCCGUCUUUCCUGUCCUCACUUGUCUCUGUCCCCGUGGGCGCUAAGGCAUAGGUGACACUCUGGUGUGUACGCCAGGUGCUUUCAGACCAGGGAAAGGCUAAGACAGGUGCACAGUAAUGGGGGCAGAGUUCCCAGCUCGCGGCUGAGUGUGGCAAGGCCAAGAGGAUUUCUCACACCUAGGAGGUGACUUUAACAUUGAGGCUUCUGGAAAAAAAAGUCGGCCAGGAAGAGGAGUCUAGAGGCUGCAGGGGUGCCAUGGAACUGGAUCUGAGCCCGACUCAUCUCAGCAGCUCCCCAGAAGAUGUGUGCCCCACUCCUGGCACCCCUCCUGAAACUCCUCCGCCCCCUGAUAACCCUCCGCCAGGGGAUGUGAAGCGGUCGCAACCUUUGCCCAUCCCGAGCAGCAGGAAACUUAGAGAAGAGGAGUUUCAGGCAACCUCUCUGCCCUCCAUCCCCAACCCCUUCCCUGAGCUCUGCAGCCCACCUUCACAGAAACCCAUUCUUGGUGGUUCCUCCGGUGCCAGGGCGUUGCUUCCUCGAGACUCCAGCCGCCUCUGUGUAGUGAAGGUGUACAGUGAGGAUGGGGCCUGCCGGUCUGUGGAGGUGGCAGCGGGCGCCACAGCUCGUCACGUGUGUGAGAUGCUGGUACAGCGAGCUCACGCCCUGAGCGACGAGAGCUGGGGACUGGUGGAAUCCCACCCCUACCUGGCACUGGAGCGGGGUCUGGAGGACCAUGAACUUGUGGUGGAAGUGAUGGAGGCCUGGCCUGUGGGUGGAGACAGCCGCUUCAUCUUCCGUAAAAACUUCGCCAAGUAUGAACUAUUCAAGAGCCCCCCACACACCCUGUUUCCAGAAAAGAUGGUCUCGAGCUGUCUGGAUGCACAAACAGGCAUAUCCCAUGAAGACCUCAUCCAGAACUUCCUGAACGCUGGCAGCUUCCCUGAGAUCCAGGGCUUCCUGCAGCUGCGGGGCUCAGGCCGGGGGUCAGGUCGAAAGCUCUGGAAACGGUUCUUCUGCUUUCUGCGUCGAUCUGGCCUCUACUACUCUACCAAGGGUACCUCCAAGGACCCCAGACACCUACAGUACGUGGCAGAUGUGAAUGAGUCCAAUGUCUAUGUGGUGACCCAGGGCCGCAAGCUGUAUGGGAUGCCCACUGACUUCGGCUUCUGUGUCAAGCCCAACAAGCUUCGAAAUGGCUACAAGGGGCUCCACAUCUUCUGCAGCGAGGAUGAGCAGAGUCGGACCUGCUGGCUGGCCGCCUUCCGGCUCUUCAAGUACGGGGUACAGCUAUAUAAGAAUUAUCAGCAGGCCCAGUCUCGUCACCUGCGCCUAUCCUUUUUGGGGUCUCCACCCUUGAGGAGCGUCUCGGAUAACACCCUAGUGGCUAUGGACUUCUCUGGCCAUGCGGGGCGUGUCAUUGAUAACCCCCGGGAAGCUCUGAGUGCCGCCAUGGAGGAGGCCCAGGCCUGGAGGAAGAAGACAAAUCACCGUCUGAGCCUGCCCACCACGUGCUCCGGCUCGAGCCUCAGUGCAGCCAUUCAUCGCACCCAGCCCUGGUUUCAUGGACGAAUCUCCCGGGAGGAGAGCCAGCGGCUAAUUGGACAGCAGGGCCUGGUGGAUGGUGUGUUCCUGGUCCGGGAGAGCCAGCGGAACCCACAGGGCUUCGUCCUGUCCUUGUGCCAUCUGCAGAAAGUCAAGCAUUAUCUCAUUUUGCCAAGCGAAGAUGAAGGCUGCCUUUACUUCAGCAUGGAUGAGGGCCAGACCCGUUUCACAGACCUGCUGCAGCUGGUGGAAUUCCACCAGCUGAACCGAGGCAUCCUGCCCUGCCUGCUGCGCCACUGCUGUGCCCGUGUGGCCCUCUGAGGCCACAUAAGCUGUUGCAGCCAUGGGUUUGCCUACCACCCUUCUGUUCAGUGGACUCGGUGCAGGUGGGUGGGGUGGUAAACAGUGGAAGAGCUCCCCCCACUUUUCUCCCCUUUUUUUUUAAACCUCUCUCAAGCAGUGAAACAUCCCCUAACCCUAUCCAUCCCUGACUCCUGUCCCCAAGGGAGGCACUGUGGUCCUGUCCCCUUGGUAGAGCUCCUGAGGUACUGUUCCAUUAUGAGAGGAGUGGGACAGCCCAGGAGGUCUCAUGCCCCACCCACACUCUCUACAGACUGAGAGGCCAGUUGAUCUGCUCUGUUUUAUACCAGU